AUGUGGAAUGCACUGCAGGACAGAGACUCCGCGGAGGUCCUGGGACGCUGCCAGCGCUGGCUCCGUGCUGUGACACUGGUGCUAGUUUUCUCCGGAAUCUUCGUCAUUGGCUUCCUCUUUGGGUGGUUUAUAAAAUCCUCCAAUGAAGCUACUAGUAAUGUCUCCUAUUCUGGCAUGAAGAAGGCAUUUUUGCAUGAGCUGAAGGCUGAGAACAUCAAAAACUUUUUAUACAACUUCACACGGACACCACACUUGGCAGGAACACAAGACAACUUUGAGCUUGCAAAGCAAAUUCAUGCCCAGUGGAAAGAAUUUGGCCUGGAUUUGGUUGAGUUGUCCCAUUAUGAUGUUCUGUUGUCCUACCCAAAUAAGACUCAUCCCAACUAUAUCUCAAUAAUUGAUGAAGAUGGAAAUGAGAUUUUCAAAACAUCAUUAUCUGAACUGCCACCCCCAGGAUAUGAGAAUAUAUCAGAUGUAGUACCGCCAUAUAGUGCCUUCUCUCCACAAGGGACACCAGAGGGGGAUCUAGUGUACGUCAACUAUGCACGAACUGAAGACUUCUUUAAACUGGAACGGGAAAUGAAGAUCAAUUGUUCUGGGAAGAUUGUGAUUGCCAGAUAUGGGAAAGUGUUUAGAGGAAAUAAGGUUAAAAAUGCUCAACUGGCAGGUGCCAAAGGAAUCAUUCUAUACUCAGACCCUGCUGACUACUUUGUUCCUGGGGUGAAGUCCUAUCCAGAUGGCUGGAACCUCCCUGGAGGUGGUGUCCAACGUGGAAAUGUCUUAAAUCUUAAUGGUGCCGGUGAUCCCCUCACACCAGGUUACCCAGCAAAUGAACAUGCUUAUAGGAGUGAGUUGACAGAGGCUGUUGGCCUUCCAAGUAUUCCUGUCCAUCCAAUUGGAUAUGAUGAUGCACAGAAACUCUUAGAACACAUGGGUGGCUCAGCACCCCCUGACAGCAGUUGGAAGGGAGGACUAAAAGUGCCUUACAACGUGGGACCUGGCUUUGCUGGAAACUUUUCAACACAAAAGGUCAAGCUGCAUAUUCACUCCUACAGUCAAGUCACAAGAAUCUAUAAUGUCAUUGGCACCCUCAAAGGAGCUCUGGAACCAGACAGAUAUGUCAUUCUUGGAGGUCACCGAGAUGCUUGGGUGUUUGGGGGCAUUGACCCUCAGAGUGGAGCAGCUGUUGUUCAUGAAAUUGUGAGGAGCUUUGGAACCCUGAAGAAGAAAGGAUGGAGACCUAGAAGAACAAUUUUGUUUGCAAGCUGGGAUGCAGAAGAAUUUGGCCUUCUAGGUUCUACUGAGUGGGCAGAGGAACAUUCAAGACUCCUACAAGAACGUGGUGUGGCUUAUGUUAAUGCAGAUUCUUCUAUAGAAGGAAACUACACUCUAAGAGUUGAUUGCACACCACUGAUGCACAGCUUAGUGUACAACAUCACAAAAGAGCUGCAAAGCCCGGAUGAAGACUUUGAAGGCAAAUCUCUUUUUGACAGUUGGACACAAAAGAGUCCUUCACCUGACUUCAUUGGAAUGCCCAGAAUUAGCAAGCUGGGGUCUGGCAAUGAUUUUGAAGUGUUUUUCCAAAGACUUGGAAUUGCUUCAGGCAGAGCCCGAUAUACUAAAAAUUGGAAAACUAACAAAGUCAGCAGCUAUCCUCUCUAUCACAGUGUCUAUGACACAUAUGAGGUGGUAGAAAAAUUUUAUGAUCCGACGUUUAAAUAUCACCUCACUGUGGCCCAGGUUCGAGGAGCGAUGAUAUUUGAACUGGCCAAUUCUAUAGUGCUUCCCUUUGACUGUCAAAGUUAUGCUGUAGCUCUGAAGAUGCAUGCUGAAACUAUCUACAAUAUUUCAAUGAAGCAUCCACAAGAGAUGAAGGAUUACAUGAUAUCAUUUGAUUCACUGUUUUCUGCAGUUAAUAAUUUUACAGAUGCUGCAUUCAAGUUCAAUCAGAGACUGCAAGACUUAGACAAAAGCAACCCCAUAUUACUGAGAAUUAUGAAUGACCAACUGAUGUAUCUGGAACGUGCAUUCAUUGAUCCUUUAGGCUUACCAGGGAGGCCUUUCUACAGGCAUAUCAUCUAUGCUCCAAGCAGCCACAACAAGUAUGCAGGAGAAUCAUUCCCAGGGAUUUAUGAUGCACUUUUUGAUAUUAAUAACAAAGUCAAUGCUUCUAAGGCCUGGAAUGAAGUGAAGAGACAGAUUUCUAUUGCAGCCUUCACAGUGCAAGCGGCAGCAGGGACUCUGAGAGAAGUAGCCUAA